GACCAUGAUCGUAGUUAUCGUUUUAUCAUUGCAAGUACAUAUUUUGUAACUUUCCAAUUAUACGUAAUUCUACUCGGUACAGUUGGUAAUGUAAACCAUUAUACGUUAGUGUAUGUCAUCUGGUAAGAAUUUAAUAUAAUUAUAUCAGAUUAUGUUUAUGUUUAGAUUAAUAAUAUUUUAAUUUAUAAUUUAAUAUUAAUGUUUAAAAAUAUAUAACACUUCUUUUACGCUGUUUGAUGCACGUCCGAGAUGUUUACUAAAAUUUCUUUGUCUACAACUGUUAAAGUGUUACUUUCUCUACCCACAUUAAGAAAUAUACGAAGUUAUUCUGUUAUGAUGAGUAAAUUUGAUCUCCCUGAUCGCUUUAAAGGCAAUGAUAAAUCAGUAUGGGUGGAAUAUAUUCAGUUAGCUUUAAAAUAUAAGCCCUUAAAUUUAGGACAAGGAUUUCCAGAUUUUUAUGCUCCAGAAAAUGUAACUAAAGCUUUGGCUGCUGCAACUACAAGUGACAAUCCUCUAUUAAAUCAAUAUACCAGAGGAUUUGGUCACCCACGUUUAGUAAAUGCUAUUGCAAAAUUGUAUUCGAAGCUCUUAAACCGUACUUUGGAUCCAAAUAAGGAAGUUCUUGUAACUUCUGGUGCUUAUGAAGCAUUAUAUGCUACGUUCCAAGGUCACACAAACCCUGGUGAUGAGUGGAUAAUUAUUGAACCUUUCUUUGAUUGUUAUGUACCUAUGGUUAGAUCUGCUGGAGGAAUUCCAAGAUUUAUUGCCUUAAAACCAAAAAGCACAAAGGGAUCUCUUUCUUCUGCAGAUUGGAUAUUUGACAGACAAGAAUUAGAGAAUCUUUUUAAUGAAAAAACAAAAGGAAUAAUCAUUAACACUCCACAUAAUCCUGUGGGAAAGGUUUUCACUCUAGAUGAAUUACAGUUUAUUGCUAAUUUGGCUAAAAAGUGGAACACCCUUGUUGUGUCAGAUGAAGUAUAUGAAUGGCUUGUUUAUGAGCCAUAUAAACAUGUUAGAAUUGCAACAUUACCUGAUAUGUACGAACGUACGAUUACCAUUGGAUCUGCUGGUAAAACAUUCAGUGUUACUGGAUGGAAAAUAGGAUGGGCCUAUGGUCCGGAAAAUUUACUAUAUAACUUAGAAGUUAUUCAUCAAAAUAGUGUAUAUACGUGUAACACACCAACUCAAGAGGCUGUGGCUAUUGGAUUCGAACAAGAAUUCGAAAGAUUUGGUCAAACUGACUGUUAUUUUGUGAGUUUAGCUAAGGAGUUGCUACCAAAACGAAAUUAUAUGGCUAAAUUUCUUAGCGAUGUAGGAAUGAUUCCAACAAUUCCCGCAGGAGGAUACUUUAUGGUAGCUAAUUGGUCAGCUUUAAAAGAUAAAGUACGGUUAGAAGAAGAAACAGAUGAGAAUAAAGAUUAUCGUUUCACAAAAUGGAUGACGAAAAAUGUUGGAAUUCAAGGAAUUCCCCCAUCUGUAUUUUAUAGUCCUGAACAUAAACACUUAGGGGAAGAUAACGUAAGAUAUUGCUUUAUAAAGAAAGAUGAAAAUUUGAAAAAAGCAGCUGAUAUUUUAAUGAAAUGGAAAGAUCAGCAAUAGUAACAACUAUAUUUAUCUAUAGUUAAUAAUUUUGAGAUAAAAAAUCUAGCAUUUCCGUAGAAAAUUGUCCAAUUACUUAAAUAUCAGGUAUUACCUUUAAAAGUUAUUUUAAAUUAUAUUAAAUUUUGCUAUGAUACGCAAUGGGUAAUUUUUCACAUUUAUAUACAGUCUGCACAAACACAUUGUUAUUUUUCUUGUAUUAAAUUUUUAUUAUGCAUAA